AUGGCGGUUUAUUUGACGCCGCGGUUCAGGCGGAUCCGUAGUCGGAGCGAGUUGGGGUUGCGGGGCGGCUGCGCGGGGCGGCGAGAUUGUGCUGGACCUUUUCAAGCAACUCAGUUGUGGAAUAGUAUUAUUCAUGCUCUUCAAAGCCAGGUGGAAAUCAAAAAGCGUAGGCAGCAUCUAAAAACAUAUAAAAACUGUUUUACUGGUUCAAAUGCUGUUGAUGUAGUAGUGAGUCAUCUUAUGCAAAGCAUGUACCUGAGCUGUAAUGAUAUUUCACGGCUGAAGGGAGUCCGCGUGUGCCAAGCAUUGAUGGAUCACAAGGUGUUUGAGCCAGUUGGAGCAAAACUUAAUUUGUUCAAGAAUGAGAAAGAGCCAGAGUUUGAAGACACGAGUAGUAGUCUCUAUAAGUUUGUGAAUACUGGUAUCACUCCUCCUCUUCCGAGAAAGAAUAAAGAAAAUGGGAGCUUGUCCCCUCAACAAAUGUAUGGACAGAAGACAAAAAGGCAUUCAAAGAUGAAGUGUGAAACAACUCUCUCAAAUCCCCUAGCAUUAGAAGCAUCUGAUAAAAAGUGGAUAGAGGAGCUACUUCAAUCAAUAAAUAUAUAUCCAUCUUUACCUCCAAAGAGUAGAAUUAAUGAACCAACUCAACGGCUUUCAAAAAGAGUUAUAGAAGAUGUCUGGAAACAGCAAACUCUGCUACGACUACUGCAAUUAAUUGAUGUUCCAGUUCUAGAAAAUAUUUUGGUGUCUUCAGUACAGUCAAAGCCAGAGUGUUUUGGCAGAGAAGAAGACCUGAUUAUUUCAAAUACUUUCCUUGACAGAGAGGUUAUGGGUAGCUUAAACUUGCCUGAGCUUGACAAAUGGCUUUACGCUGCAAUYGAAUGCUUGGAAUAUUUCCCAGACCAGUUCAUAGUGAUGGUUAAUCAGCAGUUAUCCCAAAGCAAUGAUAAACCAAGCAAUCUCGAUACUCACAAGAAGAUUUUAUUUGAUAUUAUAAUUAAAUAUUAUAGUCAAAAGAAGGACUCCCUUCUUGACAUUCAGGAUCUUGAUAUUCAUGAAGGAAUUAUACAACUUCUAGAAAAAGGAAAAACAGAACAAGCUCUAGAGGCAUCUCAACUUUAUUUGCGAUUAGUAGCACCAAAUAUCCGAGAAGAACUGCAUAGACUGCUGACAUUUAUAGCCAUUGCAUCAGAACCUGAGGGCUACAAAUUACAGAAACAAUUUGAUAAUAGAUCUGUGAUCAUCAAGAUUUGUACAAAGUUCAUCUUACAGAGCAAGACAUUGUCAAAAUCACAACUAGAACUGCUGGUUCAGUUUCUGAUGGACAAUCACUCUGAGCUCUUCAAGACUCCUUUAACGCUUCUGGAACUAACUAGUAGGAGACUUGAAGGCUUGCUGGAAGGACAAGAUGCAGAUAUAAAUUCAGGCUUCACCUUCUGUCAGCGUUUGACACCUAAAGAAUAUGAAGAUCAAAAACAACAAACAAAUCAGUAUCUUCUGGCAUUAGUUCAAGAAAUGGACAAUGAUCCCACUCUUCCUCUGAAGCAGAAAAAGAAAAUAAUUAAGGAAGUUCGGAAAUACCAUUUUCUCAAAUUUUGUAGUGGUUGUAAAACGAGAUGCAAAUUUUGCACUUUAAAUGGUUAGCCUUUGGUACGCUAUGUUUUAAUAAGGCAGGAAUGGRUAUGAAAAAUGCUCAUGAUUAUUACUUACAGGUACAAAUCAUGUUCUGCCUGUAUCUUAAUCUUCAGUUGCAGAAAACUAUCAUAAAGUACUGUGCAGUUAAUUAUUAAUGAAUGGCUCUUGGCAAAAAAAGUACUUUGAUGCAUCCAUCCACUCAAUAGUGGCACAUGGCUUGUGCUGCUUUGAGUUCAGGUUUCACACUUCUCCCUUCUCUUGGUAUGGUUUUCUAGCUGAGCUAAGGCAACAUUCAGAGCCUUCCUUGCACUGCUAAUCUGCAGGAUGUUUUCUAACCUUUUAUUUCUAGUUUAUAAUGCAGUUUGAGGACCAUGCAAUUACAUGUCAUGACUUCAAGUGUUGUAGAAGCAGAUAAAGAGGGUCAAAAGUGUCAGGUCAGCCAGCCUGCCUUUUAGUCACUAGUAGGCAAGGCUGCUGGGGGGAACUGCAUAGAUUUGCAGUUGGUAAUUGUAGCCCAUUAUCGCCUCCCUAUGGAGACAAGCUUUGCAGCUGCUGUGCUGCUAAUUCCUUGAGAGCAAGUUCAACCGAGACAUUUGUGGGACGAGGGAAUUGAGAAAUCUUAAGUCUCGUUUUGAGUCUUCUGCUACACUUGAUGUUCAGGCUAUUGAGCAUGAGGAGACUUUCAUGUGUCCCUAGGCCUGACAAUUAUUUACUGUAAACACUUGGACGAGGUUCUGUUUGUCCCACAGGGCGUAGGGCAAAGCUUGUGAGUCUGGGGUAUGUCAAUCUGAUAGAGGAGCAUGGGCAAGGAAGGGUGGAUUCAAAUUAUGAAAUAUACAAGAUAAUGUUAUGGAGAUUGUUUCAAUCAUCAUGGAAAACAUUUAGUUAUUUAUAAGGCAUAGAACUGUAGAAUCAUUGAGWUUUCUAAGAACCCCUGGUCAUCCUAUAGUCCAAGCUUCCUCUGCUGAAAGCAGAGUCCACCAGUGCGUGCUGCUUGGUGCUGUGUUCAAUAGGAUUUUUGAGCCUUUCCAGGGAUAGGGACCCCACAGCCUCUAUGGGCAACCUGAGCCAUUCUCUUGGCUUUAAGGUUUUGACUACUCACAGUAAAAAGAUUGGGUUUUUUGUCUGUUUUGCAGGUUUUUUUUUUUUUUCUGUCGUUAUGCUUAAGUGGAAUUGACUGUAUUUCACCUGCUUGGCUUGUCUCUUCCCUGGGUGUCACUGACAACAGCGAGCCUGUCUUUACUUCUUCCCAUCACGYAUUUAUAUAUGUUCACAAAGAGCCCCCUGAACCCUCUCUUGAUGUUAAACAAUCCYGGCUGCCUUCUACAUCUUGUGCUGGUUCUCAAAUCCGGGUCAAAUAACCASGAUAUCAAAGAUUUCUGAAAACAAGCACUGUUUUCUCUUCUUUGACAAAUGUUGAAUCUGGGUCUCUUAAGUAGUCCUCAUAAGGGCUUUAGCCCUGCUGGCAGUCAGGUGUCAGACCCAAAACCUCUGCCUCCCUGCUAUUUUAUACAGCAGUCACUCGACAGUGCCUGGCUGAUCUGAAAUACAGGAAUAGUUUCUAGAGGAGGAAUAAGCCGCAGGUCAACCAACCCUUUCAGGCUUCUGUGCAGUUAGUAGCCACAGGGCCACAUGGAGCUGGGUCUGGUUUCUCUUGCUGUCGUCUUUUUGUUGGUGGUGGUUGGCUGAGUGGUUUGUUGUUCUGUCAUUCUCCCAGAAGCCGCGAUGCAUGGAGAAUGAGGAAUGCAAAAUUCUGAACAGGGAAAGUAUUUGCUCAGUUAAAUGCCUCUGGUAUUUAAAUAAGGGGUGAAGGAGGUUUUCAUUUCUUUUCUGUCUAGUGCUGUCUGGUUUCUUUUUUGUUCAAGCAUUUUACUAGGUCUUGCCCAAAAUACUGAUGUUGGUAACAACGAGAGAUUAUGUGAUAAUCUA